GAAUUAUAAAUCCCUAUUACGAGCUUUUAAAUUUCAGCUAAAAGCACAAAAUGUUUCGAGUUGUGGUUCUGCUUAGUACUAUCGUAGCCCUCGGCUUCGUCCUGGGAGCUUCGGUGAACCUUCCAGCGAGGACUAGUGGCAGGAUGGCCGAUCCCGUGGUGGACGCUGAGGACCUAUCGGCCAAUGUCGCAAAGGCUUCGCUAGCAGCUGAAAAACAGAUACUCGACAAAGAAGUCUGUGCUGAAGCAAAAAAGGAUGCAAUGUCCUUAAAAAAUGGGACACUUCCCGCGACCAUGGGUGAAAAGGGACCCAAAAAAGUAGUAAUAACACAAACGAAAGUUGAGGAAUUUCCUAAGAAUGGAACAAAACUUGUUACUGUUAUCAAAACGGCUGAAAAACUAUCUGACAACGAAACACGUGAGCAAACUGAAAUCGAACGCAAAACUAUCAAAGAUGUAGAUGAUACUGCAAAUCCUAAGAAAAACAUCACUAUCGAGAAAAAAGUCGAAAAUACAGUUUGUAAGAAUAAAACAGCAGAAGCCAUGAAACCCAGUGAUGAGAUUGAGGAACAGGAAAAAAAGAUCCUCGAAAUUAAACAAGAAAUUAAAGAUUUGAAGCAGGAAACAGAAAGGGUAAAGGAAAAGUUAGCUGAAGAAAUUAAGGAAAAGGAAAAGGAAAAAGGAGAACUGAAAAAAGAAAUAAAGGUAAUUGAAGAGGUAAAUGUAGAAUUGAAAGAAGUAAAAGGAACUGAAACAGAAAAGAAAAAUGAAGGAUUGAAAGAAGUAAUAACGAAAACAGAAAAGGCGAAGGAAGAUUUAAAAGAAAAAAUGAAGGAAACAGAAGAGGCAGACGAAGAUCUAAAAGAGAAUAGAGAGAAAGCUGAGGGGAUAGAGCAAGAAUUAAGAGAAGACACACAGAAAGUUGAAAAGUUAGAAGAAAUUUUAAAAGAAAAAACAAGUGAAACUGAAAACCUAAAGGAUUAUUCAAAAGAAGCAACAAAUAAAACUGUAAUGACAAAGGAAGAAUUGGAAGCAGUAAAAAACAAAGGGAACAAGUCUUGCGAGUCGGAAACAAAGAUGGAGAAGAUAAAUGCAAAAGUCCCAGCAGCAGAUAUUGAAAAGAAAAGUGUGGAAACUGCUGCGGAAGUCAUAUCUCCAGCAAACACUGUGGAAAAGAUAGUCGAAAAAGUAGUGCCUGAAGAGAAAGCAAGUGCAGCCACGGUUGAAAAGCCAAAACCACCAUCGGAAAAGAACAAACCAACACUGUUUAUAAUAGCGCCUAAAGCGAAUGUGACUGCCGAGGUAGUGAAUGGGACCAAGCUUGUGUUAGAUGUGUCGCAACUGGUUCAAAUGUUAGCAAAACUAAAUCUAACAAUAGUUGACACGGACGGAAAAGGAAAACUAAAUCUAACAAUGGUUGACACGGAGGGAAACUUAGGAAAACUAAAUCUAACAAAGAUUAUCACGGAGGGAAAACAAUGAUGAGGAAAGUAUGUAGCAUCUAAACAAAAGGUGAACGCAGAGAUUGUUCACGAAGUAGAAGACAAGAAUGCUGUCAUGUAGUGGUAAGGGCAGUUCUUCACUCUUACUUAUUCAUUCUAUUCAUA